AUGAAGGCCAUGGCAGAGGAACCAUCCGCCAAGCGUCAUCAUGCCGAGACGUCGAACAAGAGGAGCAACCUCGUCGACAUUAAAGUCCCUGGCGAGAAGCGCAACUACACCAGAACGCUCGAACGGGUUGAGCUCCAUGGCAAGGAGACGCUGGAGAUCGUCUGCACCAGUGAACCAGACAAGGCCGACGAGGUGAUCUCCAGGAUGUGGAUGAAGCUUGGCGGCAGUCCCAAGCGCCUGACCGACAUGCUGCAGCAUGACAAGUUGUUCACAUUUGCCGGUUUCAGCAUUGAAACCGACAAAGAGAAGCUGAAGUUGUCCGGUAUGGAGAUCAACGCCAACAAGUUCAUCGACAUUCAGUGCAAGUGGAGAGUUCCAUACACCGGAAAAGAGUACGACUCCUUGACUGAUGUUGCAGCCAGCGUCAUCCACCCAUUCUACAAAGGCAUGAAGAACAAGAUCAACACGCAGGAAGACUACAAACUGUGGGGGACAAGCGAGCUGCCAGACAACCUCAUCGAGUACGCAAGACUGGAUGCGUACGCCGCGUACAAGUCAUGGUUCAUGAUCGACUACGUCAUAGAUGGUUCAGAAUUUGCGAAAGAGCGGGAGGCUAACAACUUCUACGGCCACCCCUAUUGCCCCUUUUAG